GCCGCGGAGCCGCCAUCUUUUUGAGGGGCAGUGGGCCCGUCUCCGAGAUGCCGAAGUCUUGCGCGGCCCGGCAAUGCUGCAACCGCUACAGCAGCCGCAGAAAGCAGCUCACCUUCCACCGGUUCCCGUUCAGCCGCCCGGAGCUGCUGAGGAAGUGGGUGCUCAACAUUGGCCGGGCUGACUUCAAGCCCAAGCAGCACACCGUCAUCUGCUCUGAGCACUUCAGACCCGAGUGCUUCAGCGCCUUCGGGAACCGCAAGAACCUGAAGCACAAUGCUGUGCCCACGGUGUUCGCCUUUGAGAACCCCACACAGGUCUGCCCUGAGGUGGGGGCUGGUGAGGACAGCUCAGGGAAGAACAUGGACUCCACACUGGAAGAACUUCAGCCUCCAAACACAGAAGGCCCUAUGCAACAGGUCUUAGCAGAUCGAGAAGCAAUGGAGGCCAUGGAGACCGCUGGCCUGCCCGCCAACCCUCUGGGGUUGAAAAGGCCCCUUCCGGGACAGCCGUCCGAUCACAGCUAUGCCCUUUUGGACUUGGAUACCCUCAAAAAAAAACUCUUCCUCACGCUGAAGGAAAACAAGAGGCUUCGGAAGCGCCUGAAAGCCCAGAGGCUGCUGUUGCGGAGGACAUGUGGCCGUCUGAGAGCCUACAGAGAGGGACAGCGGGGACAGAGGGGUCCACGUGCCAGACGGCCGGCACAGGGAAGCUGAGUGAGCAGGCUCUGGGAUGUGUGUGUGGCGGGGUGGCGUCACCCUAGCAGGAACUUCCACUCAUUGCUGAUGCUGCAAGGUGCCUUGGUGGU